AUGGUGUGCACCGUCCAGGUCAAGUUAGAGCUGGGACACCGUGCCCAGCUGCGGAAGAAACCCACCACGGAGGGCUUCACCCAUGACUGGAUGGUGUUUGUCCGCGGCCCCGAGCAGUGCGAGAUCCAGCACUUCGUGGAGAAGGUGGUCUUCUGGCUGCACGACAGCUUCCCCAAGCCCAAACGCGUGUGUAAGGAGCCCCCCUACAAAGUGGAGGAGUCGGGCUACGCUGGCUUCAUCAUGCCCAUUGAGGUGCACUUCAAAAACAAGGAGGAGCCCAGGAAGGUGUGCUUCACCUAUGACCUGUUCCUGAACCUGGAGGGUAACCCGCCGGUGAACCACCUCCGCUGUGAGAAGCUGACCUUCAACAACCCCACCUACGAGUUCCGGUGCAAGCUCCUGAGGGCAGGCGGGGUGAUGGUAAUGCCCGAAGGAGCAGAAACCGUGUCCAGGCCCAGCCCCGACUACCCCAUGUUACCCACAAUUCCACUCUCUGCCUUCUCUGACCCCAAGAAGACCAAACCGGCCCACAGCACCAAGGACGCCAACAAGGAAAGUGGCAAGUCCUCCAAGCCACACAAGGCAAGCAAGGAACACCGCGAGCGGCCGCGCAAGGACUCGGAGAGCAAGAGUGCCGCCAAGGAGCCGGAGCGUGAGCCAGCCAAGGCCACCAAGGACGUGCCCCGCAAGCUGGCUGAGGGCCGGCCGCCCAAGGAGGAGAAGGCAGCGCCGCCCAAGGCCGCCUUCAAGGAGCCCAAGCUGGCCCUGAAGGAGCCCAAGCUGGAGAGCCUGUCCCCCAAGGGGGGCCCUCCGGCCCCACCCCCGCCCAAGUCUUCCAGCAAGCGGCCCGCCACCUCGGACUCGCCGAAGCCCAGCACCAAAAAGCAGAAGAAGAGCAGCUCCAAGGGGCCCCGAAGUGCCCCCAGCACCUCGCCUCGCACCUCGUCUUCCUCCCUCUCGGACAGAAAGCCCGCCAAGGACAAGGGCAGCGGCAAAGGGGAGAAGCUGCAGGCAGAGCGUGAGCCCAAGGAGGCCAAGAAGGCUGUGGAGGUGGAGGGAUCCCACUCGGAGGACGAGGCCUCCUUCAAGUCCGAGUCGGCCCCAUCCAGCCCGUCCAGCUCCAGCUCCAGCGCGGACUCCAGCUCGGACUCGGACUUCGAACCAUCCCAGAACCACAGUCAAGGCCCCCUGCGCUCCAUGGUAGAGGACCUGCAGUCGGAGGAGUCAGAUGAGGACGACUCUUCUUCUGGAGAGGAAGCGGCCGUCAAGACGACAAACCCAGGGCGGGAUUCCAGGCUGAGCUUCAGUGACAGCGAGAGCGACAAUAGUGCCGACUCCUGCCUGCCCAGCCGUGAGCCCCCGCCCCCCCAGAAGCCGCCCCCACCCAACAGCAAGGCCUCCGGCCGCCGGAGCCCCGAUUCUUGCAGCAAGCCUGACAAGAUCCUCAAAAAGGGCGCCUACGACAAGGCCUACACUGACGAGCUGGUGGAGCUGCACCGGAGGCUGAUGGCCCUGCGCGAGCGCAACGUGCUGCAGCAGAUCGUCAACCUGAUCGAGGAGACGGGCCACUUCAACGUCACCAACACCACCUUCGACUUCGACCUCUUCUCCUUGGACGAGACCACCGUGCGAAAGCUGCAGAGCUACCUGGAGGCUGUGGCCACAUGACCCGGGGCGGAGCCUGCACCGGGGCCCCGCCUCCCGCCCGCCAGCCCGCAGCGCUGCCUUAGCCACCGCCCUGCCCUUGGCCCGCACCGCCUGCUGCACUUUCCUCGGCGGCGUCUGGCCCGCCCUCCCCACUGCUCCCUGGGGCCUUGGCCCGAGGGGGGCCUAGUGCCCUCACCCUCCUCUCGGCCGGGAAGGGCUUUGCGUUGAAGACUUGCGGGGCCGCCGGUGUGGACAUGGAAGGGGCAUCUGGCUGCGGGUUCCUCGCCCAGCUGUAGGUGGCAGGUGCCAGCACUGGCCAGUGGCGGAGGCAGCGGGAGGCGGGGCCCUGCACCAGGAGCGCCCCUUUGUGCUGGCCGCCUGUACAGCCCUCUGUCUGUUGUGUGUGUGUAUCCCAUGCGUGCGUGUCUUGACAGUUGGGACA